AUGUCGAUUCCCUGUCUCUUCGAGGAUCGCUUCGAGAUCCGCUCGGUGGACAGCUCAAAGUUCGAGCGCGUCUGUCGGCUUAAGGGGAAGAGCUCCGGCUUCGACGCAGACAUCCAGCUCGACGUCAACUCCGACCUCUUGCCAGUCAAGGAAAAACAACGGCUGUAUAUCGGCCUCACGAACAGUCUGCAGAGCACCAGCAGCGCGCGCAAAGAAGACGCGGGCGCCUGGGCGGAGCCCUCAGCCUGCCUGCAGGAGUACGACUACGUGAUGUAUGGCAAGAUCUUCCGCAUUGAAGAGUGCUCCUCAGAACGCCGAAUCCUGUACGCGUCCUUCGGCGGGCUGCUUAUGGCGCUGGCUGCAGACAAGCACGUCGUGGGGGAUCUCGAGCUGGACAUGCGCAUUUACAUUUUGAUUCGCCGCAGCGAAGACGUCCACUCGCUGAUUGCAUGA